AUGUAUGAUUCUAGCGUUUGGGUUUCAAUGAUAACUGCUUUUAAGUUGAACCCAGAAACUGUUAGGCUUGUCCUUGGGAAAUUGCAGGGAAAUGUACACUUAGCCAUGGAUUUCUUCAAAUGCGUUCAGCUUAAUUCUCAGUUUCAGUGCUCUAUUGGGUGUUAUUCGGCAAUGGUGAGCUUGUUGCUUAGAGAGAAAAUGUUCUCAGAGUGUCUCCCUCUUUUAAGGGAACUGGCCUUACUGAACUAUUCACCAAGGCGCGUCUUGGAAUCCCUAAGUACUUAUGACCCAGACCCUCUGAUUUUUAGUCUGUUAAUGGAGGGGUAUACCCAAGUCAAGAUGCCCAACCAAGCCAUUACUGUAUUUCAAUGGCUACUAGAUUCAGGACAUCAUCCCAAUGCUUCUUCAUGCUGCAAUCUAAUCUUAUGCCUAUUGAAGUCAAACCAGGUGGAUAUUGCUUGGAAAGUUUACAUGGAAUUGCAAACAAUUGGAAUAUAUAUUUCAAAUUCUCAUGCUUUAAAUGCACUGAUUUGUGCAUUGUGCAAGGAAGGUCAUGUUCAGAGAGCUCACUUGGUGUUCUUAGCUGCAAGUUCCCGUUCAAUUGUUCUUGACAUUUCUCUUUGUAACCCAAUCUUGAGCUACUAUGUCCAAAAGGGUCUUACUAGGCAGGCUUUUUGUCUCUUUGGAACUAUUUUACAAAAGGGAAUCGAACCCAAUUCAGAAACUUAUGCCAUUUUUAUUGGUGAGUUCGUCGAGCUCGGCGAUUUGGGGCAGGCAAAGAUAUUCUUUGAUAGGAUGCUAGCAAAAGGGCUUGUACCUAGCUGCAAAAGCUACAUGAAUUUGAUAUACAUGCAAAUUUGGCAAGGUUUUGGAGCACUAGCAAUGGAACUGAUCAAAGAACUGAUUGAGAAGUACCCAAGUAAAAGCAGUGUGCAUUUUCUUGGUGACCUUUUAGAAUGUCUUUAUGUUGAUGGUAGGAGAGAAGCUGGAAACCAGUUGUUAUGUUGGUUGAUAAAAUUGGGAUUAGGAAGUGCUGUUAAGUCUUGCCACGGUGAGUUUAAGAUCAAUAACUCAAAACAACGAGCUGUGCACAAUUGCAACAGAGAAAUUAAUAGACUAUCUCGAGAAGGGAAGUUAGAGGAGGCCAGGAAGAUCUUUUAUAAAAUGGCCUAUUUAGGUCUAGUUCCAAAUAUCUUCACCUAUAAUACUAUUAUUGAAGGCUAUUGUAAAGAAGGAAAUCUUUCUCGUGCCUACAAGUUGUGUGAUGAAAUGUUGUUAAUGGGUGUAGAGACUAACAUUGGUACAUACACGAGUCUCAUCAGUGGCCUUGAAAGGGAGGGGAAAAUGAAGGAUGCACUUGAGCUUGUACACAUGCUUUCUGUGAGGGGUUUGAUUCCAAAUUUGCAAAUUUGUAACAUUUUGGUGGAAGGGCUUAGGAAGAGAGGAGAUGUAGAAGAGGCCUUAGUUUUAUACUAUUGGCUGCAAGAAAGCUUGUUAGUGCCUGAUUUCUUCAUCUCACAAAGCUUAUUGGUUUCUCUAUGUACCUUUGGAAGGAUGGAGGAUGCUAACAAGCUUUUCCAGCGAAUCACCAUCAGGUGUCUCUUACAAGAUGAGAUUGGUUUCGGCCUUGUAAGCAACUGGGCCAUCAGGGGGUACAAUCUUGAAAAUGCUUUUAAGUUAUAUGGCAUUGCCUUGGGAAGGGGCUUCCUUCCUGAUGUGUUCACUUUUUCCAUUCUGAUAUCUGGGUUGGACAAACAUAACAAGCUCACUGAUUCUUCUAUAGUGGUAACUAAUAGUAUUGUUUACUCAGAGCUAGCUUUACUUUGA